CAGGUUGCAAAAUUAAAUACAAUUAUUACUUAAAUAAAUUAGUAAAUUAUAAAAGAAUAAACUUACAUUAAAAUAAUUACAAUAACAAUGUAGGAUGUACAUGGCUGCAAAAUUAAUUGCAUGAAAUAUACAUAUAUUUUAGAUGAAAUGGUGACUAAUAUAGAAAGUCUUUGACUGCAAAAUAAGAAAAUAAACAAUAGUUCCUGCAGUAGUUUGAGUGAUGAGGAUCUGCUUGUGCAUUCGGAGCUCAAUCAGUUAAACGCAGAACUUCUGCAACGUGCGCGCUGCAGAUGUGGCGCGCGCCCCACAGUUGUUAUUGUUGGGGUUUUUUUUUUUGUUUAGUUUUUUUCGAAUACCGCUCGCGCCUGCCGCCCCGCGCGACUACAGCGCUCUGCCCGCGCGCGCGGCUCCAUAAUAUAUAUAUAAAAACUCGCCCUUUUUCUUCGUCGCGUCUGUAAGUGAAGCGCGACUCCGUUACUGGCGACUUUCAGCAAUCGCACUGAAGGCUCAAUUCUCCUCCUUUUCUUCUUCCUCCGCUCCCUGUUUCUCCUCCUCCAUCACCGCCUUCGCUCCCCCCUCCUCUUCCUCCUCCUCCUCCUUCUUCCUUCCUUCCCCGGUUUAUUCCUCCGCGAUUUUUUCGCCGAGAUCCGCAGCCGGGUGACCGCAUACAGCUUUUCGGUAAGGGGACUUCACUCGAGAUCGAGGCCCCCCGGCCCCCUCCUCCUACUCCUUUUCCCCAGCUCCCUUUCCCAAUUCAGACUCCCGUUUAUUUUAUUUUUUUGCACCUGACCGUUUUUCUGCGUGUGGAUCGGAUUUAUUUGGAGCAUUUAGGAGCUCCGGACGAGGCCGCGGGCUUCAGGAGGUGGGGAUGACUUUAGAGUCUAUGAUGGCUUGCUGCCUGAGUGAAGAGGCGAAGGAGUCGAAACGGAUCAACUCCGAAAUCGAUAAGCAGCUGCGCCGAGACAAGCGGGACGCCAGGCGGGAAUUAAAGCUUCUCCUUCUUGGUACGGGAGAGAGUGGCAAGAGCACAUUCAUCAAACAGAUGCGCAUCAUCCAUGGCACCGGCUACACGGACGAGGACAAGCGUGGCUUCACCAAGCUGGUCUACCAGAACAUCUUCACGUCUAUGCAGGCCAUGAUCCGUGCCACCGAAACUCUCAAAAUCGGCUACAAGUACGAGCAGAACAAGGCCAACGCCAUGCUGGUGAAGGAAGUGGACAUCGAGAAGGUCUCGUCAUUUGAGCAGCCCUACGUCACCGCCAUUAAGAUACUGUGGUCAGAUCCAGGCAUCCAGGAGGCUUAUGACCGCCGCAGAGAGUACCAGCUCUCCGAUUCCACUAAAUACUACCUGUCCGAUCUAGACCGCAUCGCUGAACCGUCCUAUCUGCCCACCCAGCAGGAUGUGCUGAGAGUCCGAAUCCCAACCACGGGCAUCAUCGAGUACCCUUUCGACUUGCAGAGCAUCAUUUUCAGAAUGGUGGAUGUGGGCGGGCAGAGGUCCGAGCGCAGGAAGUGGAUCCACUGCUUCGAGAACGUCACGUCCAUCAUGUUCCUGGUGGCACUGAGCGAGUAUGACCAAGUGCUGGUCGAGUCUGACAAUGAGAAUCGUAUGGAGGAGAGUAAAGCGCUGUUCAGGACGAUAAUCACAUAUCCAUGGUUCCAAAACUCCUCAGUCAUUCUCUUUCUCAACAAGAAGGACCUCUUGGAGGAGAAGAUUUCCUACUCCCACCUGGUCGACUACUUCCCAGAGUUUGACGGGCCCCAGCGUGACGCGCAAGCAGCGAGGGAGUUCAUCCUCAAGAUGUUUGUGGACCUGAACCCAGACAGCGACAAGAUCAUCUAUUCGCACUUCACCUGCGCCACGGACACAGAGAACAUCCGCUUCGUCUUCGCCGCCGUGAAGGACACCAUCCUGCAGCUCAACCUCAAAGAGUACAACCUGGUGUAAGCCGGCAUCGCCGGGGACAACUCGCACAGUUCAGCACAGAACAGACACGCACACACUCUCUUACACACCCCCACUUAUACACACACAACACAAACUCCGUUGCCUACGGUUCCACUUUGUUUUCCAGCCUCCUAUUUUUUUUGUCCAGCUGUGUCAAGGUGUUGCAGAUGUUUCCGGCUUUUACCUUCCGUCUUUUUUGCCAAAGCUCGUCCACUUUCUCGUCGGCAGCUCUUGUCCAAGGCCUCGCUCCCUCCAUCCCUACAGCCCUCCCUCCCUCCCUCCUUUACUUUGAAUUUGACCCUUGGGAUAUGUUCCCCCUGUUUGAUGACAGGGAGCAGGGUUACAGACACAUUUCAUUCGUAUUGUUUUCAUUCUCGUUUUUAAAAAAAAGAUUACAUGUUUGAAACGGCAGAACUGAGCAGACGAUAUGUUUAUCGAUAAAGAUGCUAGCGGAAACUGGAAUCGACAUGCCUCACCUUUUCUUCUGCUCCUCCAGUCACUUCUUCUUUCUGCCUGCCUGCCUGGAUGGCUAGAUGGAAGGAUGGAUAGAAUGAAUUUUUUCUGUUUGUUUUUUUUUUAACCUGCCAAUGGAGGGAAGGAGGAAAAAAAAAAAAGCUUUAAAAAAAAGUGUCUCCUCUUAUUUACACGCGGACACAAGGACAAGCGCUGUGGUGCUAGAAGUUCUGAACGGCUCCAUUACACAGGAGUCUGGGUGUCCGGGUUUAUCCAGCGGGUUCCACAUGGCAGCGCAAGACAUGACUUCAGCUCGCAUUGAUGAAUGUAAACUUUGUGAGCAUUGUAAUCGGGGGAGGGGAAAUCAGAUGUAACCCCAGAAUAAGGUCGAGGUUAUGCAGACCAAUCAGUGUAUGUUGCUCCAAUGAUCUUUUAAAAAGAAAUCUAAAGUUUUAAUAAUAGGUAAUUAUAGUUACAGCUGUUAUCAUGAUGUAUAACAGCGUCUCAAUCAAAAUGGGUUAGAAAAUUGAAAAAAAAUUCUUAGUGUGUAGUACAGAUAUCGACUCUGUAGGUAUCGUUUUGACAAUUUUCACACAGGUUAAGAUGUUCCGAUAGGGUUUUUUGUGUUUGAUUUUUAUGAAUUCUUUUCACAUAGAUACUGCUAGUUUUUUUUGUUUUUGUUUUUCUUCCCCUCCCCUACCCUCACACUCCUUUAUUUUUUUCAGUUGAUGGUACCAAACUCUGCAUAUGUCAUUAGUAUUGUAACAAAUACAAAUUAUUAUUAUUUUUUUUUUUUUUUUGCAAAUUCUCCAAUAUCACCCAAGUAGCGACCUGACGCGCCCUUUUUUUUUUUUUUUUUAAAUGCAGAGACAUUUUGUGAAAGAGUUUGUGGAGACACAUUAAAUUAGCUUCGUUUAUCGUUGGGAGCUAGCGUUAAGCGAGGGAGGGGGUGGGGGGUGCAGGAAUUUGCAAGUUCAUUGAUUGUGUAUAUUUAUAUUUGUAAAUACUUAUACACUUUAUUGCUUAUGUAAAAUAAAAAGUCUGUGGUACAGUAUAUUUGGCAAAACGGAAAAAUAUUUUACGUCGUAAUCGUAUAUGGUUUCGGUUGGUUUCUUCUGAAUUACAAUAUUAUUGAUACUGUGAUUUUAUUUUCUUUUUUCCCCUCCUUCACAAUGAUUUAUUCAGAAGACAUCUGUACAUGAAAGCGGUUAUGAGCAAUAGUCUGAUAAUCAUCCACGAAUACGGCCCCCUCUUACGGUGUUAAUGUUCUUACUCUCAGUAUAUAAAGAUAUGAAAUGAUUUUCAAGAAGGGGAUGAACGACAGAUAAACUAAAAGAAACUGUUUAUUUAUCUAAUUUAUGGACUAGAUUUGAAGUCAGUGGGGUCUUUUCUGCUGUACAAAACUAUAGAUAUAUAUUACCUUUUAUUGCAUUUUAUUUACUUUUUGUCCCCGAGGGGAAAAAAAACACAUUGGCAACAUGAUUUUACAGUAUCCAGAUUUUGUUUCUAAAUGUUUGUUGUCAGAUUUCCACGUGAUCUUCAGUUGAACCUCUUAAAAUAAAUAGGAAACGUUUUUAAUCACUGAUAGAAUUUAAAAGCGUGCAGUUCCUUGCUUUUCCUAAUCACAUGCAGUGUGUUCACUGGUGGAAAAGGUGUGGCCGUUUUCUUUGUAGUUCAUCAAAAAAACGCAUACAAUCCUCACAGCCAGAACAGGUGAAGAGGCGACACGAGAGAAGUCUCGUUCGAGUCCAAAGAGCAAAGUGCAGUUUGUUGAAAGACAAAGGAGCCGAGUUUAAUAGUGUUAAUGGUUCAGCCGCUUUAUUCACAAAAGAUUAGAUUUACUGCUUCAUGACACGUUUAUACAACAUGACACGUUUGAGUAGGUAAAUAAUAAAAGAAACGAACAGCAAAACACUAUGGUCCUGAUUUACUCCGAUCUCGCCCCUUAUUUACAUGCUCAUGGCUAUAAAUGUUUUGCAGGGGGGAAAAAAAGAAUGUAAAUGAAAAGUCAAUCUAAUUAAAGGGGUCCAAAUGAAAAAAUAUGCAAAAAGAAAUAAAUGUUUAGUUUAAUAAGCAAAGGAGUGAACAAGCACGGAAUAUUUAAUGUUAAAGCUGUUUCCGAAAUGAACAUCGUGCUCGAGUACCUACUAAAUUGACGCCUAGACAGCAUCCCACCCCAUGUUUCAUAUGCAGAGGUGCCAUGAUGCAUGAAUUAGCUGUAACGUGCUUUAGCUGUGCUUUACUCCUUUAUUUCAGUAUUACUAAAUACAUCUAAAAUCUAUGCUUUUUCAGCUAAAGGCCCGUUUCUGCUUAGAGCAAUGAAGCAAAUGGAUCACCUCAUCUCUUUUAUAUAGGAACAAAAGCGAGCUCCAAUACAUGGCACUUGUAUUUAACAACUCUUCCCUGUCUGUCUGACUUUAUAUUCCGUAGAUUUUACUCGUGUAGAAAAUCCAUAAGACUGGCGCAUAAUUUUGAGGACGUACACCAGCGAUGCUCAGCCUGCUGGAUCCAUGUGGGAAACAUUUUUCGAACUGUGUAGUAAAAAGCAAGUAUAACCCAGACAUGGGUUUUCUUGUUAAUAAUAUUGGCACCUCUGCAUUUAGGCAAACACCUAAAAAAUGAUUCCCAUGCCUCAACAAACACACACACCAUGAGUAAAUCAGAGCCUAAGUGGAGAAGUUAAAGAAAUUUCGAAUGCUGAUUCAGUUCCUAAUAAUCUGAAGGUUUUUUACUUGUGAUUUAAAUAUAUAAAACCGGAUCACUUUUCAGUUUUGCACACCAGUAUUUGUUUAUUCUCUACAGCCCUGGCUUUCUAAACACCUAAAGCUCUGAAUACAAAUUUAGGACAUGCACCAGUCAUGUACUUUCUGUAAAAAAAAAAAAAAAAAGUUUGUUCGAUUGUAAUGGAUGUCCAUUGAAGACUUAAGAAAUGUACUGGUCUGAUUAUUUUGUAUUUUUUUUUUUUUUUUUUUUUUGGAUAAGUGUUGAUGUUUGUUGUUGUUCUUAUGCCACUAAGAUAGUAAAGCUUCCAAAGACCAUUUGAAAAGUAGAACAGAUUUAGUCAUUCGAAGAAAAAUACUUGAUGAAAUACACUAUAGGCAAAAGUUUGUGGACACCUGACUGUAAGAUUGUGCUUUUUGAACGGCCCUUUCUUCAUUUAGUCUCUAUUUGCUCUCCUAUAAUAGACUCCACUCUUCUGAGAUGUUUCACUAGAUUUUGGAGUGUACUUGUGGAGAUUUGUUGUAAUUCAGCCACAAUGGUGUUAAAGUCUGGUACUGAUGUAGGGUGAGAAGCCCUGGGGUGCAGUCAGCAUUUCAAUUCAUCCCCAUGGUAGCAGUUUGAAGGAGAAACUAUAUAUGGCUGGAGGUGUCAGGUGUCUCAAUACUUUUGUCCAUAUAGUGUAUGUGGGCUAUUUUCAGUAUCACAAACAAUUCAGGAAACACGACGCACCUAAAAUACGCAGUGAGGCAGAUUAUUUGAUUGCAAUAAUUCUGAUAAUCACGUAUUCCUUUACACACAUAGCACAGCAUUGGAAAUUAGUUUCGAGUUUUAGCAUGAAUCACCGUUUACACAAUAAAAAAGGCAUUAGCAAAAAACCUGGAACAGUGUGUGAUUUCAAUGUCAUACUCCAUGAAGAGGAAUGAGUUGGUAAUAUUUUGUAUUAUUUCUACUUUAAAAUGCUUGUUUGAAAGUCACAUACGUUUUCACCACUUUUUUCGUUUUUGGACAAAUCGAAGAAAAUUUUCCCAUCUGUCAGAGUGGCAUGUGAAAUAUCUAUUUCUCUUCUCCCCCCCCCCUUCUUUUUUCCCCUCAUUAUACCAGAUGUAAAUGCUGUAUUAUAUCAUGUGCCAACCCCCUCCGUGGAGAAUGACUUUAUAUAAAGUGCCAACUGCCAACCGAAUCCUUCAAGGAACGAAGGAUGAGACAUGGGCCCCAUUUUUAAAGUUCGACAGAAACACUAAAUAUAAGAAGAAGAAAAAAAAAAAACAUUGACUAUUCUGUAUUCGAGAUUUAAAAGAAACUGCUGUUUUAUUUUAUUUUGGGUUUUUUGUUUUUUUAAAUUGAUAAAUUGUCAUUUUUAAAAUGCAUGUGCUCAGUGUUGAUCAGAGUUUAUGGGCUAAGAAAAUAUAUUAUUAAACCCCUCAAGACGGGGGAUCAUAUUGGUUAUUGAUUUACAACAUUCUCGCCAUAUUUUUUUUUGUUUGUUUUUUAUUUGUAUUGAUUGCAUUUCAACCACUGUUGCCUGAACCUCAUUCAAACAUGGAAAAGAUUUUCAUAACCGCCUUCUAAAAAAAAAUCUAUUAAAAAAAAAAAUCUAUAAAAAAAUAAAGUAUCUGUUUUAAAAUUUAAAUAAAUUUGUUCCUAUA